GAGGCAAUCUUGGGUCGGAAGUGCGCAUUCCGGUCUUCCGAGCUGCUAGAAAGCAGAUUCUGCCGCAGGGUCGGAGAGCUCCGGUGUGGACUUCGGACAGCCGAAUCCCGGAGCGCGGUGAGAGAGAAGAAAAGAAUGAUGCGGCAUGGAGCGGAGACAGGCCCCGGCACUUGCAGAGAGUGAAAACCCGUCCGAGCCCAGCGAGAGGGGCCAAGGCUAUGGAAUUGCAGAUUCUACUAGUCGAAUGUAAGCAGCAGAAACUCCAGGGUCUGGGAGGCAGAGGUAGAGGCAGAGGCAGCAGCGGAGGCAGCGACCGGGUGCAGGGCAGGCUGAGAGUGCUCGAGCAAUAAGCGAGUGCGAGCGCUCUCACGCUGCUGCGCCGAGGAUCGGGAUUUCGCAAUGGCCUCGACCGUCGUCUCGGGAGAUCUGUCGAGCAUCGCGAAGAAAGGGCUGCACUCGAGUCUGCGCGAUGGCGACGAGGUCAUGGGGUCCCCCAAGAGCGCAGUCUUCAACCUGCAGAACGUCGCCUCGCCCAAAACUAGCAUCCCCAAAGUGCUCGCCCCCUUCGCUCGGCUCCUGGAAGAAAACAAGAUCAAAGUGCCUCUGUUCGGGGAAGUGAAGCUGGACGCGCUGUGGGCCGUGUGCAAGAAGAUCUGGGCCUGGACGGUGGGCGUGUCGCUGACGCUUCUCAUCGUUGUCGCCUUCGGGUUCCUCGAUGCGUUCAUCCCGACCGAGAUCAUCUCCAAGGAAACUCUGAUCGAGGUUCUGAACCAAAUCGUCACCGCCGGAUUCACCAUGAUGUGCCUCUACGUGCACCCGGAGCGAUGCGCCCACGCGCACAUGCUCUACCGCUGGAGCACCAUGGACAUUCAGAAGCUGCGCGAGGCGUACAGCAAGAACGCCACCAAGAAGCCGCACGAGUGGGCUCACUUUCUCGUCAUCGUCACCAUGCUGCACCUCAACUGCAUCGGCCAGUACGCCCUCUUCAUCCUCAAUGUCAUCUACACAGCGACGGCGCGGCCGCCCGUAUACGUGCUCUCGUGGCUGGCCAUCGCGCUCGGCUGCGCCAUAGGCGCCGGCGUCUACAAGAGCCACUCGCCGCUCGGCCGCGACUACGAGGUGGCGCCGACGGUGUCGGACCACGAUUUGGAGUCCACGAAGCGGAGCCACGAGGUCUGAAGGAUCGAUCUGCUCGCCCCUUCUCCGCUCCGGACUCGCUAGCUCUCAGACCCGACCCGACCCGACUAGAACUCUCUGCAAGCCUAUUCGCUUGCGCCAUCGCCGACGCCGCAGAUCCCUUGUUUAGGACAGUGCUGGAGCUCGGCCACCGAUGCCGAGUCGACCGUGGCCCGUCUAGGGUUUCGAUAUGGAUUAGAUUACGUAGUCAUGAUCGUCGAAGAAUUAGAUCUAGAGGCCGUGCUGUGCUGCAUUUGCUUACAGUCGAUUCAAUCUAACGCUCUCUAAUUAAUUGUAUUGGUUGGAGUCCCAAUCUGUUCUCGCCUGUACAAGGACUUUCAACACCCUAAAUUCUGUACAAAAAAAGGAUUUCUAUGCCGAUGUUGCUAUUUCAUCGGUAAUUGCCAUAAUUGCUGUUCCCGGACCUCCUCUCUCCGAGUUCCGCUCUGCAUUGCCUUUGCUUUCUGGUUUCAUCGUGCGCCUGGCAUUUUGUUCUUGCGAUUCGUCAGUCGCGCCGUCCUGCAGUUCUGGCCAGCGAUCUGGGCAGUGAUGACUUGCGGCGGUCUGCGACGGCAGAGCACCUCCGGGAUGGAGUCGAUCGGUGGUGACACAGUGAGAACUUCAGGCUGAAGCAGCGGGCGCAGGAGAACUUCGGGUGAUUGAGAAUGUACGCCGGAUUCGACCUUACAGGUAUGGAAUUCAUGACUUGGGAAGGACACGGUGCGGCCGCCUUUGAGUCCUCGAUGACUGUCUGGGUGCCGGCCGUAGAUCUGGAACAGGGAGUGGUACGAAAUUGCUGUAGAGGGCAGAGCCUUGAGGCAGGGGGCAGGAAAGAGUUAUUGGCUUUCCGAGGAACACAGGAUUGGAGCGAAUACGAGGAAAUAGUACAUGAUUAGGCCGCCUGCUGCUGCUGCUAGAGACGAUUUCGCCCUUCGAAUCUCGAUAUGGAUAGGGUGUAGUUGUGAAACUUAGAUCUUCCUGUUAAUGUAUCGAUCGCGCAAGUCAAAUACUCUUCCAGUUUUUCUUCAUGCUGAGAUCGAGCAUGCCUGCCUCACCCAGCCCGAUCGCUUCAGAGUUAGAAGGUGAAGAGAUCCGAAAUUUUGCGCACUCUUAUUAGUACAUCUCUGCUUUAUCGCUCAGGCCGAUCAACGCUUGUUCGCGUGUCCCAGAGAGCAGCAGGGGUCUCUAGCUUUCUAUCAUAUGUAAACCUUUCCAUGUCGGACGUUGGAUCUUGCUCAAC